AUGCGGUCACUUACUCAAACUUUUUUUGGCUUUUGGUCGAGUGAAUCGAGGGACGUUAUAAGGCAAAACCGUGAUCUAGCGGAAGCCUUGAAAGAUGGUUCAUCGUUCGUUUUCAAGGUAUGUAGUGCAAUGGUCUACUUUCAUACGGGGAUAUACAAGACCGAGCUACUCCAAGACGGUAUCAAUGUCAUGUGGUUUGCAAACCGAAGCGACGAGGGCAUCGUCUACAACCAGUUUUUCAACCCCAUGCCUAUCAAGCUUAUUGUGCUCAUGCUUACAACUAUCGAAUGCUGUAUUGAUGAGUGGAUGCAGGGCGUGAAGGAAGACAUCAGGUUCACAGCCAUCGCAUAUGGAUCUGUCUACCACAAUCAUUUGAACUCGCUGCAGUGUUUUGACGAGCGCACGGCAGCCUUACAAGCUCUUUGA